AGCCACCAGAAUGACUUGGCAGUCUCUGGUAGAGAAUAAUAAGAAUCCAUUUAUUUUGGCUUCUUGCGGGAGAUCACAACAUUCAGACUGUUGUAUUCACUCUGUGGCAUUGCAGAAUUCUUCUGAGGCAGCUGAAACUUGAUUGGGAAAAGCUGCAUCAUGGAAAAAAAAACCCAAACAAACAACUGUUUGAGAAGCAAAGUUCUUGAUCGUGUCAAAACCAGAAUUCUGGGCAGUGUGUGAAGUCUGAGCCAUUGUGCACACAGAGGCUGAGGUGCAGCUGUCCAGCUUUGGGCUGGGAUGCUGAGCAGAACCUCUGGCCAGGCGUGGGUGACCACCUGAAGCUGGAAUGGCUGAACCAGUUUCAGGAGCUGGUUUGGCUGGGUGUGCCUGCAUUGCAGUGCUGCAGUGCCAGUGUUUGGUAAGUGCUUGAGCUCAGAAAGGAGCAGCCAUGGGUUCAGGCUGAGUGCAGGUGCUGGUUCACUCCUGGUCCUGCUCCUGAUGUCUCUGAUUCCUCCUUAGAACAGGGCACUGCUUGGGGCUGAGGUGGGGUUCCCUUUAUUCCCAGUGUCUGCCAGGGGCUGUGUUUGGGUUUGUGCUGAGCACAGUGAUGAUCUUACAGAGCUGUUUUUGUUACUGCUGAGCAGGGCUGACAGAGCUGAGGCCUUUUUGCUUGGGGGGUGAGAAAAUGGGAUGAGACAGCUGAGCCCAAGGGGCCAAAUGGGUGGCCUGGGCCAUUUGGCAGCAUGCUCAGCAUGCACAGCCUGCAGGGCUGGUGCUGGUCCUGCUCUGCCAGAGCUGCCUGAGCACACCCACUGCCCGCUGGAGAAGUUCCUGCUUCUCUUUGCUUUUCACACAUGGCUUUUGCUGUUCCUGUUAGAAUGACUUUGUCUCAUGCCAUGAGCAUGAGCCUUGGGAUUCUGUCCCAGUCCUGCUUGGUGGGCAGUGAGCAAGUGUUGACAAAGCUUUUUUUUUUUGACUUAGAGAUGGGGCAACUGAGAGAUGUUUUUAAAACUUUUGUUUUAUAUUUAGUUUCAUGAAAAGGGUGAGACAAUAUAGAUGUUAUAAUUCAUGCCAUCACAAUCAGAAGUUAACUAUUUAUUAAUCACAGUAAGCAUUUCUUGGCUAAUCAGCUUUAGCUACACUAUGCUGUAAAUGCUUUAAUCAUCUAAAAUUACUUUUUGUGGGUCUUACUACAAUGUAUUUUUUAUAGUUCUAUUUUUAAACAUUUAGUCUUUUUUGUGAGGCUAUCUUUUGAAACUUUUUCUAGUUCAAUUUCUCUCUCAACAAUAUCUGCCUUAUUCUAUGGUAUUUCUAAGUUAGUAUUUCUUAUUUUAAAGUUUGCAGACAUGUAUACUGUGUGAAGUUUUUGUUCGUUUUUGAGAAUUUUCUACAAAUCCAUUUCCCUGUGUGGGUUUGGCUGUGGCUGUGGGCUGAGGAUGGAAUUGUUCAGCUCAGAGAGAGCAGCUGAGCUCUGAACUGAACAGGUCCAGCAUCAGUCCUACCCUGGUAGUGAGAGCUCAUUCUGAGAACACUCUAUCCUUGGCAACUCUUUUUGUUUUUUCCUGUGCUUCAUUAACAGUACAAAAAUAUAAUAGAACAAGUUAAUAUGUAACAGUUAGUACAGAGGAUUGAUUGUUUAAGUACUUGGGAGAAGCUACAUCAAGAUUUUUAUGUUUUAUGUGACAGCUGAUUACUCUAAAUGAGAUUCUUUCCAUAGGCCUGCACUGACAACAACAGCUUUUGGAAAUAUUACAUGAAAAAAAAUGAACAGAAACUGAGCUUUGGUGGAUACACACAGUUCUGAAGACAUUUAAAGCAAGGAGUAAAGAGGUAGCAAGGGCUCAGGGGUUACCAGCACUCAGCUUGGUUCUGCUCUCCUGUUCUGCUUGCCAGCUGUACUCCCUGCUGCCACCAGCUGUGAUCUCACUCUGGACAAGGCUCUCAGGGUGGUAUUCCUGUCUGACAGAAAUAAUACCAAAAUCGUUGUUUAGUUCCUGCUCCUUCAGGACUUCGAGUCCUUCAUGGCUUGUUCAAUUUAGGUCUAAGCCAAAAAUAGAUUUACUACAUGUAAGUAAGCAAAAUUAUGCUUAGAAUAAUUGCAAUAGUUGGGAGUUUGGUUUCCUGUAUUUGUGAGACCAUCAUUAACUGCUUUGACAAAAAGAAGAAGUUAAUUAAAGAUAAUCAGUGCUACUGGUGAUGAUGAUGAUGAUAGAGAAAAAAUACUGAGCAUAUUGGAGGCAAAUUAUUUGACAACAGUCUGUACUAAAAAAUGUACUAAGAAUAUUUCCUGACUGGCUGAGGAGAAAAAAUCUUGGAGAAAGAAAAUAGUGUUUUGUUUUCCUCCAUAAAAACAGAGUAAUUUCUGAGAUGGUGUGCUGGUUUUAUAUUGGAUGGCUGGCUGCCUGAGGUGUGGCCUGGAGGAAAGGAGGAAGGGGAACUGACACACACACACUGUAGUGUGAAACACAAUGCAUUAUUUAGUUUAGACAUUCCUUGGAGUAUUUGGAAAGGAGAGCACUUUUGAGAAUGCUGAUUUCUAAUUUUUGGAGUAUUUGGAAAAGAGAGCACUUCUGAGAAUGCUGAUUUCUAGUUUUCAGGGUAUUUGUAAAGGAGGGUGCUUCUGAGAAUGCUGAUUUCUCAUUUUUGGCUGAGCAAAACACAAGGAAGGAAAGCACCUUCCAGGGUAUGUCAGAUGCCAGAGUUUCAGGGCAGGACCGUGGCAGGAGCAGCUGUGCUGAGCUCAGCCUCAGUGCCAUGGUGCAGCUGCUGGGGGUGUUUGUGUGCGGAUGAAGGGGUGAAAUGUCCCAGUCACUGCUGCUCCUCAUCAUCCAGGGCACACCAAGGGGCAGCACACCACCCCACGUCACAUCUGGUGGCACCAAUUUUCUGUACCCCACCAGGGGAAUGGCCAGAAUGGAAUGCAAACCAUUCUGAGCCUUGCAGUCACAGGGAAAGUCAGACUGAAUGUUUGGAAUCUCUUCCACAGGAAAUAUUUUCCUGAGGAAGUCUGGGACUGGCAUGGCAGGAACACACAUGUGUCCCUGUACUGCUUCAAGCAAACAUUUUGUUUUCAUAGCUGUGACAAGCUCAGUGUGGAAUCUUAACCUUCCUAAAGACUGAGAUGCUUUCUGAUUAAUGUAUUUAGCCUAACACCAUUUGCAUAUCACUUGAAAGUGUAUGUGGUCUUGAGACACUGAAAUAAUGAUAUUUUCAUCACUAUCAUCUUGUUUUGGCAAGGAAGAAUACCAUAUUUGAGAUUUUUGAUUUUAUCAUGUAUUCAUGAAUACAUCUUAGGCAUAAAUGCCCUAGACCUAAAGUCAUUAUUUUUCUUUUUGUUGGUUGGUUUUGUUGUUGUUCCAUGGCUAGAAAUCAGUCUGGCCAAGGUCUUGUGUUUAAAACAAGCAAAUGUCCUGUAUUCAACAUUUCACACAAGUGGUAGUAUGCAAUGAAUUUAAAGCAAAUGCAAACAUGUGUUAGGUUGAUUUUCCCAAGAGUUAAAAAUGUGAGAAAGAGCACAUCAAAAAUUAUGAUGUGCAACAUUCUGGCUGUUUAAUUUAAAAACACAUUCCAAGCAAACUAUUUUUAAGGAAAAGUAAACACAAUAACUUCUCAUAAUGAAAUGAAGCUCUUCCCUGGUUCUUCCAGUGUAUUUGUGAAACAAAAUGUAGAGCUCCUUGUUUUGGAAAGGAGAGAAAAAAAGCUACCCUAACCCUAAUCAUUUCCCAACAGAGACUGAAAAGCAGAAUUACUGAGAUACAGUUUCUAGAUUUACUCACUUUAUACAACAAGCAAAGGGAAGAGGAACAACAACAGCAAAAUGUAAAAAGUCUGAAAAACCUUUGGAAAAGACAAUAACCAGAGUUUCAGAUAUGGAUGCAGGCAGAAGCAGGUUUUAAUUAUGCCAUUGUUAGGAAAACUGCAGAAAGGUUUGUCAGGUUGCACUUCAUUGUAGCCUUGUCUAUCACCUUUUGUUGCCAGGCUCCAAAAUGAGGUAGAUAAGUGAAGUUUUUGCAUAACAGUUGUAAAAUAUUGUCACUAAGCCACCCCCACACACCCAUUUUAUUUCACACUGACAAAAGCUGAGAUGAAUGAGUUGUCUGGCCCUUCCCACUGUGUAUAGUCAUUGGCUGGCUUGGUUCUAAAAGGGAUUUUAAAAAGGGGAAUAAUGUGCCUUUGCCCAGGAUCUGAGGCUGUCAGGGUGCUGAAAAGCUGAUCUGUGACCAUGCAGAUCCCUUGGGCUGUGUGUGCUGUCUGUGUCCUGACACAAAUCACAUCUCACUCUGUGCAAGGGUGGCAGAUGUUUAAAAAUGAUGCUACAGAAAUCAUUCCUGAGAUCACUGAAAAUACAGAAACACCAGUGGAACCGACUUUCAGCAACAACAACACCAUGAAUCAGGCAAAACAUGGAGGAAGACACAUACAACAAGCUCCAGACCUUAAUGAUGCCGCCUUCAGCUGCCGGGAGGUGCGCACCACGCGGUUCCUGACGGACGGGCCGUGCCGCAGCCUGAAGCCGGUGAAGGAGCUGCUGUGCUCGGGCCAGUGCGAGCCCUCGCACCUCCUGCCCAACUCCAUCGGCCGCGGCAAGUGGUGGCGGCAGGGCGCGCUGGAUUUCCGCUGCAUCCCCGCGCACAGCCGCACCCAGCGCGUCCCCAUGGCCUGUCCGCAGCAGGAGACGCGGACUUACAAAUUCCGAGCGGCCACGUCCUGCAAGUGCAAGCGCUACACCCGCUACCACAACCAGUCCGAGCUCAAGGACUUCGGCAAGGAGAGCGCCCGGCCCCAGAAGAACAAGAAGCCGCAUCUCGGCCGAGCCAGGAGCGGCAAAUCCAACCAGCCCGAGCUGGAAAACGCUUAUUAGCGGCUGGCUCGGACACGGACUGCGGCUCCGGAUGGUUUCGGAACCGUCCAAAGGCUCUCAGAGGCCACAGCGCGAUGUUCUGACUGCAGUAGGUUCCAGUUCCUUCUGCUAAGCUGGGUCAAAGGCUCACAUAGGCAAAAAUCGAUCGGAUUGUAGCACUUCUGGUCUGAUAAGAGAAUGAGACAAAGGCAGCUGGAGGCACCCCUUGAGGUCCGUGGCAGUUUGUUCGUGUGUCCUGCACCAGGAGGAAGGCAGAGGAGAGUGAAGCUGUUGUGGGGACAAUCACGCUUUGCUAGGAAUCGUUCCGCUCUCUUGAUGUGAAAAGAAUAUUGAGAUCCCUUUCCAGGACAAGGAUGCAGGGUCAGCACUCUCUGAAGGAGCCCUAAAAGUUUGGGGUAGCAGGGAUUUCAAGUUGUGGUGAAUGAAGUCAAAUUGUUGGGAAAUUAACACACUAUCAGAUGUCCUCAUGCACCAGGUGUUUCCUCUCAAACACAGAAAUCAAAAUAUUACACUGGUGUUCUCAAAAGAGAAGUAUUUCAUGCUAAUCCAUUUCAUACUUUCUACAAAUCUAUUUCAUACUUUUAAUAAAAAGAUUAUGGGGUCGACAAAUUCAAAACUGAUAUUUGGCUACUAAAACCAUAUUGAUUUAAGAACAAUGAUUUGUUUUAGGGACAAUUCAACAAAUCCUCCUAAGUGGAGUAGAUUUAUGAAAAAAGAUGCUCCUCUCAAACCAGAUAACCUCACUGAUGUUUGUCCUGUAAACAGCUAACAUUAUACAUAGUUUAACAUAGAAUAUACUGAUUAUUCCUUAUUUCCUAGAACAUGUUUGACUUUAAUAUCAGCUUAGAUACAUCCAUUUACAUUUUCUGUUCUGUAGAGUUUGGAGUAUCUGGCCACACUCUGUAGCACUAAAACUGUGCAAGCCAAGCUCUGUCAGUAAGGUGGUGGUUCUGCAUUAAAAGUGAGCCUCUGCUAAGUCAUGAAUUCCUCUAGAAAAAUCUUUAGGAUUUGCAGCUUUGAUAAGUCUUUAGUUUGGCAGCAACUUUCCUUUACUUAGCUUCUCAACACUCAGACUAAUGUUUGUGUUUUUACAUUAAAGGAUAUUGUUAGAAAGUUAAUUGUCACAUACUGUAUACGUCCUGUAGAAUUUAUGCUGAAAUAAUAUAAACUGUGGAAAUUUGAAAUGUUGAUAGAUUUUUCAGUUAUUUUAUGUGGGACCAGAACCUAGAGAGAAAAGGUAUCAUUUCAGAGAGUGAAUUACGUAUUUAUUUUUUUUCCAGAAAAUUAUUUAUGCAAUGUUUUAACUUGUAGAGAACAAGAAGUAAUACUGCUUUAAAAAUAUUUGUCUGUUAUUUUUAAUUUUAAAUACAUUGUUAAUAAAGUAGAAACAAUAAUUAA